CGGAGGUUCCUCGUCGUGGUGGAGGGCGACCCCUUCGCCUCCCCGCUGCCCGGCACCAUUCCCCCCUCUGAGAGACCCACGCUGGCAGCCCAGCCGCUCCCGCUCCCGCGCCUCAGCCUGGGCAGGAAGACCCUGGUGGGCGCCGCCGUGGGCGUCAUGCUGGUCCUGGUGCUGGUGGUGCUCAUCCCCGUGCUGGUCAGCAGCGUGGGGGGCGACGGCAACGACGACGACGCCGGACGCUACGAGAUGCUGGGCACCUGCCGCAUGGUGUGCGACCCCUACCUGGAGAAGAGCGGCGGCAUAGGAGGAGGAGGAGGAGGGGGCGCCACCACAGGCACGGCCAGCACCAGCGUCCAGGGCGAGGCGGAGGCGCUGAGCGACCACAGCAUGGGCUCGCCGCUGCCCACCUACGCCCACCACGGGCUGCCGGGCAAGCCUGGGCGCCCGGGGAAGCCCGGAGCGCCGGGACCGCCGGGAGAGCCCGGACCGCCGGGGCCGAGAGGUCCGCCGGGAGACCGCGGCGACUCCGGCGCGGCGGACCAGACUACGGGGAUUUUAACGCUGGGCGGCGGGCGGACCGGAGGAGGGCUCGGCACCGCCACGUACUCCACGGUUCCGCGCGUGGCGUUCUACGCGGGUCUGCGGAACCCGCAGGAGGGCUACGACGUGCUGAAGUUCGACGACAUCGUGACUAACCUGGGGGGGAACUACGACGGAGCGUCGGGGAAGUUCGUGUGCAAGAUCCCCGGCACCUACUUCUUCACCUACAACGUGCUCAUGAGGGGGGGCGACGGGACCAGCAUGUGGGCUGACCUGCUGAAAAACGGACAGGUGCGUGCCAGCUCGAUCGCCCAGGACCAGGACCAGAGCUACGACUACGCCUCCAACAGCGUGGUGCUCCACCUGGACGCGGGCGACGAGGUCUUCAUCAAGCUGGACGGCGGCAAGGCUCACGGCGGCAACAGCAACAAGUACAGCACCUUCACCGGCUUCAUCCUCUUCGCCGACUAGACUAGAG